CGAGGACACACCCGCACAUACUGUACCCGCUUUACACCGCGAGGAUGACAACAUGAGGUGGAUAUCAUCGACUGCCCCGAAUUGGAUUUUUUUUUAACCCGCUCUGAAGAAGGAAGGGCUGUUUGUCGCAGCUGGUUAUUCACCUUCCUGGUACCGGAGUCCAGAUGACUGCAGUCGGAUCCUAGGUGACAUCCUGUGGCCGUCAGGUCUUUACGGUGUCGAGCCCCCUCCUUCUCCCGGCCCCUGCCUGCAGUUCUCCAGGCUGCAGGACCCAGACUCAUUGAAAGGUGCAGGCCUCCUCCCCCUGCAGAAUGACUGUUGCCACGGGCGACCCUUCUGACGAGGCGGCUGCUCACCCGGGGCUGGACUAUGACCCGGAGGCCGACCAUGAGUGCUGUGAGAGGGUGGUCAUCAACAUCUCAGGGCUGCGCUUUGAGACUCAACUCAAAACCCUCUCCCAGUUUCCAGAGACCCUGCUGGGGGACCCCAAAAAGAGGAUGCGCUACUUUGACCCGCUGAGGAACGAGUACUUUUUCGACAGGAACAGAACCAGCUUUGACGCCAUAUUGUAUUAUUACCAAUCAGGGGGCCGGCUAAGAAGGCCGGUCAACGUCACCCUUGAUAUUUUCUCAGAGGAGAUCCGCUUCUACGAGCUUGGCGACGAGGCCAUCGAGAUAUUCAGAGAAGACGAGGGUUUCGUCAAGGAGGAGGAGCGGCCUCUUCCUGAAAAUGAAUUUCAGAGACAGGUGUGGCUGCUGUUCGAGUACCCAGAGAGCUCAGGUCCUGCUAGGAUUAUUGCCAUAAUCUCUGUCAUGGUCAUCCUGAUAUCUAUUGUCAGUUUCUGUUUGGAGACUCUCCCCAUUUUGCGAAACGAUGACGACGACAGGUCUCCAACGAAAAUCUAUUACCCUGAGACCAACACCACAGUCAUCAGCUAUACAUCCACCUACUUCACUGACCCCUUCUUCAUCCUGGAGACUCUCUGCAUUAUAUGGUUCUCCUUUGAGUUUCUAGUGCGCUUCUUUGCCUGCCCCAGCAAAGCGGGCUUUUUUGGUAAUAUGAUGAACACAAUUGAUGUUGUUGCUAUCAUCCCUUACUUCAUCACUCUUGGCACAGAGCUCGCAGAAAAGCCAGAUGACGGUCAAGCGGGUCAACAAGCCAUGUCUUUAGCCAUUCUCAGGGUCAUCCGCUUAGUACGAGUGUUCAGGAUUUUCAAGCUGUCACGUCACUCCAAGGGGCUUCAGAUUUUGGGUCAGACGCUGAAAGCCAGCAUGAGAGAACUCGGCCUGCUCAUUUUCUUCCUCUUCAUAGGUGUCAUCCUUUUCUCAAGCGCUGUCUACUUUGCCGAAGCAGAUGAGCCCGACUCACAGUUCGAAAGCAUCCCAGAUGCGUUUUGGUGGGCGGUGGUGUCCAUGACAACAGUUGGCUACGGUGAUAUGGUCCCAACUACCAUCGGUGGCAAGAUCGUGGGCUCCCUCUGUGCCAUUGCAGGUGUGCUGACCAUUGCCUUGCCCGUGCCUGUCAUCGUGUCCAACUUCAACUACUUCUAUCACCGUGAGACUGAAGGCGAAGAGCAGGCGCAGUACUUGCAGGUCAACGUGGCCAAAACCGAUUCAGCCGAAGAGCUGAAGAAGAGCCGCAGCGGCUCCACCAUCAGUAAAUCGGACUAUAUGGAGAUUCAGGAGGCAGUGAACAACAGCCGGGAGGACAUUCAGGAGGAGAACCUCAAGACGGCCAACUGCACGCUGGCAAACACAAACUAUGUAAACAUUACAAAAAUGCUCACAGACGUGUAGUCGUCGGCUAUCUUCCUCCCCGUCAUGGCGGGAAAUGUGGAGCCGGCAAUUAGACAGGACUGGUGUACAGCCUCCCACCUCACGUGUGCUGGAAAAAACAAGGCAAUAGAAUUCAGGAUGCUGAUGAUGAUAAACAGUGAAAAAAAUAUAUAACUAAGACCAUCCGCUCACUCUUCGCUCAUCCUGUCUUCACCCCUCACAACUUGCCCUUAAAAACUCCUGAUAACUGUCAAACAGAGUGAAAUUUUAAAUUUUGCAUAUCUGCAUGGAGUUGGCUUUGUUUUGUGUGUGUGGCUGUUUUGAAAAAAAAUGACAAUGCCUAAACUAAAAUUGUUCCUGCUCACAACAGUAGCCAACAGUAGUGCACCAAAAGAAAAGAACAAGGGAGAAACACGGCAAGAAAAACAAACAAGUAUUGCUUCCAAAAGAAUAAAAAGCAACACAAUUCCUGCUUUAGUCCCCCAUCCCUCAUUUCCCAAGCCACGCUGCUCUGCCAUGCGCUUUCUGAAGAGCCCUACUCGCGCGCUACAUAUGCUGCUUCUUGGAGCCAAUAAAAAACUGUCUUAUGAUUCACCAUUUAGGAACAAGAGGAUGUGUGAGCAUAAAGCAAGCUCACCCCACUACUGGAUGGCCUGUGGGUGACUUAUGAGGAGGUUUAAGUACACCACGUUAUUUCAAGGAUGAAUGACAGCCAUCAGCACUUAGCUCAUGGUUCGACACCUUUUUUUCCCAGCAGACAUCAGUAUCUGAUGAAUGGCUGAGAAUGGCCUUGCCUUUUCACUGCUUUGGUCUUACAUGUACUGUAUGUAUUGCAAUGCAAGCUUCCCCCGCCCCCCUUCCAUUCACCCAAAACUGGUCUUACUGCAGAGCUUUGAGGACAACUUGAAUGUUUCUUCUUGUUUUGUUUGUUUUUCACAGUUUCACACACACAGACACGCACAUACUUAUUCAAAUAAGGUAGGUUAACUGUGACUUAACUGAUAGCCGGUAGGUAGGUGCUGUUACUAGUCAUAGUCAGUAGAUAAUUGCAUGACAUUUUUAUCUGAAAGAGAAUUACCACUUGUUUCUUGACUGCCACUUGCUUCAUCACACCACUGUAUAUUUGUGUGUACACUGCCUUCUAUAAAGAUUCACACGU